UUGUACUCAAUAGAGAGCGAGGCGCCGAGUGCUGCUGGUCGGGACGUUGCGGGCUGAGCUGCUGCUGACUGGAUAAGAAUGACUUUCCGAAGGUUGAAGAAGCUCCACAAUAAGGAGGACUAUACCUGUCCGUCGGAGCACACCAUAUACCGGGAUAGGGACAAAGCUGACUCUACCUACAUGGCUCUGGACACAUACCGGACGGAUGACAUGUACAAGGCGCUCAUGGUCUCCGGCGGGACCCUUCCCAGAGCUAAGAAGGGUUCCCAAAUGGGCUGGAAGAACACAAGCCAGACAUCUGAACAUCACAGAAAAAUACUUACUUUGGAGAAGGAAGAUUCUGAAACGUUUGGGUUUGAGAUUCAGACCUAUGGAUUGCACCAUAAAGACAAGAAUACAGUGGAAAUGUUUACAUUUGUCUGCCGGGUACAUGAAGGAAGCCCCGCUAUGCUGUGUGGCCUCAAAGUUGGUGAUAUAAUUGCUGGAGUUAAUGGCCUCAAUGUGGAAGGAAUCAGGCACAAGGACAUUGUAGAGUUGAUAAAGGUUUCUGGGAACAAAAUAAGGUUGGAGACUGUUUAUGGUUCUUCCAUCAGAAGAGCUGAAUUGGAGGCCAGGCUUCAGUAUUUAAAGCAAACUUUGUAUGAGAAAUGGGAGGAAUACCGCUCACUCAUGGUGCAGGAGCAGAGACUCCUACAUGGAAUUGUCGUGAAGGACCCCAGCGUAUAUGACACAUUGGAAUCUGUCAGGUCAUACAUCUAUGGGACAGUGCCUCAAUGCACCAAAGAACCUCUGCCAAGCACCCUGGCCACUGGAAGUAUAUGCAGUAGUGCAAGUUGCUUGAGUACUGCCGAGGACAAUGAGGAUGCUGUGUAUCAGACGUGCUACUUCAACUCAGACUCUAUAGAUGAAAUAAACAACAUUCCCAACAAAAGCACACUCAAGCCUUACAAGUCACCGCUAACUCGUAGUUCAAGUGUAAAGUGCGCAAGCCCCACAACGAACUGGGAUAAGCCAAAAGAGCAGAAUAACUUUGCAUCUUUACCCAGGAAAAAACACAAAAGCUUUCGCAAAAGACUCUUAAAGUUUAUUCCUGGACUAAACCGAUCAUUGGAAGAAGAGGCCAGUCCUCUUUAACACCUCUUUAUAUGAACCAUUAAGACCGUUAAGUUAUUUAUUUAUUGUUUUGGAGGAAAAAAGUGAUUUGUAUUUACAUUGUUAAACUUUAUUGUAAAACUUUAUAACAUGUUUUUCAUUAAAACGGUUUGGCAAAGCAAUGGGCGCCAAACUCUAGGAUUUUCUAUAUAAAAAGAAAUGCAUCUGUUCUUCCAAA